AUGCCUCGAGCGUCGUCCGAGCGCGAGCGACGAUCGAGAUCACCCACGCGUCGACGCGAACGGAGCGAUUCUUUGUCGAAACAGCGACGCCGCAAAAACGUUCGCGACGAUGAAAAUCGCUCGAGACGCUCGCGCUCGCGCUCGGAUGACGACGAGGACCAAGUGAGACGAUUCGAGAAGUUCCUGCGAAGACGUCUGGAGCGCCAGGAAGCGACGCGAAGGGCGGCGGAGAAGGAGGAGCGGGAGGCGCUCGAACGAGGCGACGCGCUCGUCGGACCGCCGCCGCCGCCGGAAUCGAUGAACAUCGCGAGCGAAGUAAAUCACGGUGGGAGGUUGUUAGCGGGUGAAGGAGAGGCGAUGGGGGCGUUCGUCAGGGAUGGGCAGCGGAUUCCGCGAAGGGGGGAGAUUGGAUUGAAGACGGACCAGAUUGAAAAAUUUGAGCGGUUGGGAUACGUCAUGUCGGGAUCGAGACACGCGCGGAUGAACGCGGUUCGCAUGCGGAAGGAGGCACAGGUAUACAGCGCGGAGGAGAAGGCAGCGUUAGCGGCGUUGAAUAAAGAGGAGCGAGCGGCGAAGGAGAAAAAAGUUUUGGAUGACAUGCGCGCGCUCGUCGCGGCGCAGCUCGCAGCGAGAGAGGGAGGCGCGAGCGGCGGUGGCGUCGGCGGGUUUACGUAA